AUCUGAUUAAAGUAUCUUGUUUCAAAGUAUUGGAUGGAACAAAAUUGGAUUAGUUAUAUGUGAUGUACUUGCUGCAGUUUGGUCUCAGUUAAUAACUCCAAGAAAGCAAUAUGGUGGGUCUGCCUUUCCACCCAGCUUUCAUGGGCCUUGUCAGUUCAAGCAAAGAAUUCCACUGGAUGACAUCUGUCUUUUUUGGAAUGAUUUUCUGCAAAAUUGUUUAUGAAUUAACAGGUCUGCUUAGCAAUUUGUGCUUCAAGGGAUAUACCAAACUUAGCAACACUGAGAAAGUUGAAUGGAACAACCGAGGGUUCUCUACAUUCCAUGCAAUUAUUGUGGCAGUUGCUUCUCUCUAUCUUCUACUGGUAUCAGAUCUUUUUGAUGAGGAUUCUCGUGAUGAGUCGAUUAUUAAUAGGGCAUCUACUUUAUCAGACACCAUCUUGGGGAUCUCCAUUGGUUAUUUUCUGUCAGACUUGGCAAUGAUUCUUUGGAAUUUUCCAGCUUUAGGCGGUCUGGAGUAUGUCCUGCACCAUGGGUUAUCCAUGUUUUCAAUCUUUCUAUCCCUCAUCAGUGGACAAGGACAGGUUUACAUACUAAUGGUUCUGUUCUCUGAGAGUACUACUCCCUUCGUAAAUCUAAGAUGGCACUUGGAUGUUGCUGGUCUGAAGAGUUCAAACCUAUACAUCUGCAAUGGCAUCGCACUGUUCUUUGGGUGGUUGGUUGCAAGGAUUCUUUUAUUCAUCUUCUUUUUCUACCACAUGAUAAUCCAUUUUGAUGAGGUGAAGAAAAUAUUUCCCUUGGGGUUCUACAGCUUGCUGAUGGUGCCUCCUGUGCUGGCAAUGAUGAAUGCAUUUUGGUUUUGGAAAAUUGCAAAGGGUUUGAUAAAAACUCUUUCUAAAGCAAGACACAGUCAGUGAUCUCAGCAUCUCAGCAUUUGUUGUGACGCAUGAUGUGCAAAUGUAUAUUACCACGGGCUAUCGAGGGUGGUAAUUGGUUUCCAUCUAAAUUGUAUAUCUUGUACUAGCAUGCUUCUUUUCUCCUUGGUGGUAUUCUGGGAGCUGUGAACUGAACUGAGAAAUGAAAGGUGAAAAUUGCAAAUGAAGGUCAAUAUGGUUGGAGUUGCAGCAUUUUUUGUUUUAUUUGUCAGUGGUCAUGCUUUUCUUGUGAAAGAAUGUGAAUAAAGGCUACCUACACUACUGGUUUGGAAUAGAACUUGGGCUAUUCUUCUUCCUUACUUUA